AUGGAGACCGAAUAAAUGUGUAAGAAUCAUCCAAAGUAAUAACUUAGUUGGAUUUGUUUAGAGAGAGAUUGUUAAUAAAGAGUAAUGUGUUCAACUUGUGCAGUAAAAUUACAUGAUAGAAACCAUAAAUUAGAAGAAUUAUAUAAUAUUUAUGAGAAUGGAUGUUUAGCUACUUAUUUUAGUAAUAAAAAGAAUUCAUCUGCAGGUUUAUUAGAAUUAGUAAAUGGAGAAUAAGUUAAUAUUUUUGAAAAUGAAUAAUAUGAUGAUUAUUUAUAGGAAGGUAUAGAAAGAUGUUUAAGGAAUGUUUCAAAAAAGAUAGAAGAAACAAAGGGUUAAUUAAUUGAAUAACAUGAGAAAUUGAGAGAAGGUAAGGAGAAUGAAAGAAUGAAUUUCUUAGAUUAAUUAAGCGAAAUUGAUGAAAGAUUGAAGUAAUCUUAAAAUUUGGAUAUGGAUAUUGAAAAUGCAUUUAAAUAGAUAGAACAAUAUGCAUCGAAGAGAUAGUUAGAGAUGACAAAUAAUAAGGAAAGUGUAAUACUUUUAAGAAAAAUUCGUUUACUAGAAUUAAUGAAGGAUAAUUUCUUAAAAAUGAUAAAGUGUUAUUUUCAUAAUUAAUUUACAGCAGAAUUUUGUCAUUUGUUUGAUAUGUAAAUGGAAACUUUGAAUGCUAGAGAAGUGGAUGAUGUAUAAGGAUUUUUAGAGUAUGUAGAUUGUAAAUGGAAAUAAGAUUAUUUAAAUAUUUAAUUAUCAAUAGAAAAAUUUGUAGGUAGGUUGAAUGAAGGCUUAAAGUAUUGUAUAGGGAUGCCACUUGAAAAUCCAAAGAAACAGUAAUUAAUAAGAUCACCAAUGAGAUAAUUUCCAAUAAAUAUUCAACAAACUGCAGCAUAUAGUUAAUUUACUUCUCCAAAAUAAUUAGAAUUCACUAAAUCCUCGGUUAUAUAUGAAGAACCAAGUUAAAGAAAGAAUAUCAAAAUAGAACCCGUUAGUUAGAGUCUUUAAUAGUACUAGUGA